AUGCCAUUUAACAAGGAUUUCAAGCCAGUCGCCCUAAAGGAUACAAACUUAUUCAAGUCUAUCAAGGUCGGUAAUAUGGAACUUAACCAUCGUGCUGUUAUGCCACCUCUUACCAGAAUGAGGGCAACCAGCCCAGGUAAUGUUCCAAACUCCGAAUUAGCAGCCGAGUACUACGGCCAACGUAGUAAAGCUCCAGGUAGUUUACUUAUCACAGAAGCUACUUUUAUCUCCAAGAAAGCUGGUGGUUAUGAUAAUGCGCCAGGUAUUUGGAGCCAAGAACAAGUUGAAGCAUGGAAACCAAUUUUCAAGAGAAUCCACGAUAACAAAUCUUACGUGUUCAUGCAGCUAUGGACUUUAGGUAGACAAUCAGAGGCGGACACUUUAGCCAGAGAUGGUUUACCUUAUGUUUCUGCUUCCGAUAAUAUUUACAUUGAUGAUUCGUUCAAAGAAAUUUCUGAAAAGGCUAAAAAUCCUCAACGUGCAUUGACAAUCCCUGAAAUCAAACAAUAUAUCGAAGAUUUCAAAGUUGCUGCAAGAAACGCCGUUGCUGCUGGUGCAGAUGGUGUUGAGGUUCAUAGUGCCUUUGGGUACUUACUAAACCAAUUUUUGGACCCUAAAUCAAACCAUAGGACUGAUGAGUAUGGUGGUUCGAUUGAAAACAGAGCUCGUUUUGUACUGGAAGCUGUUGACGCUGUUAUUGGUGAGAUAGGUGCAGAAAAGGUUGGUAUUAGAUUAACACCCUGGGGUGUCUAUGGUAGCAUGUCCGGUGGUCAUGACCCAACUUUAUUGGCCCAAUUUGCCUAUGUCAUUGGUGAAUUAGAAAAGAGAGCAAGAGCAGGUAAGAAGAUGGCUUACAUUCAUCUUUCCGAACCUCGUGUAACUAAUCCAUGGUUGGCUGAAGGUGAGGGUGAAUACAAAGAAGGUUCUAACGACUUCGCUUACUCAAUCUGGAAGGGUCCUAUUAUUAGAGCAGGUAACUUGGCAUUGCAUCCAAAUGAUGUCAAACACUUUGUUAAUGACAAUGAUAGAACUUUGGUAGCUUUCGGUAGAUAUUGGAUUGCUAACCCUGAUUUACCACACCGUCUAGCAGAAGGCCUUCCACUAAAUGCCUACGAUAGAAAUACAUUCUACGACCAAACUGGUAAGGGGUAUAUUGACUAUCCAACUUAUGAUGAAGCAAUCAAGCUGAAGUGGAAUUGA